CCGGCGCGGAGGAACCGUGUGUGUGUGUGUAUGUUCGAGAGGGAGGGAGUAACGGCCUCUCACAUGGGCGCAGCCAUCUUACCGGAAGCCGGCGAGUCACUUCCGUUGGUCGAGGGCCUGAAGGCUGCCUUCCCCGACCCUCGCUGCGAGGGGGGAGGGAGGGAAUCACCUUGACAACCGGGAGCGGGACCAACAAUGCCCUUGAUUUGAACCGCCUGAGCGAGCCAGCGACCGUUACAGUUCUUACUGUGUUUGCUGUAAAUAUGGGAGGACAACAUAACAAGAAUGUCUACAGGAAGCGUCCAGGUGAAAGAAUCGUGGGUGGUGACCGUAAAAGAAAGGCUAUAACACUUGAAGAAAAACUAGGUGUUAUAAAGCGUUUUGAGCGGAAUGAAAGAACAUGUGAUAUUGCUCGUGCGACAGGAAUAAAGGAGUCUACAUUACGCACCAUUAGAGACAAUGCAGAAAAAAUUAAAGCAAGCUGUAUUGCAGGGACAAGCCUGAGUGCUAGCAAACUGGUGCGAUCACGGCCAAAGGAACUUGAGGAGAUGGAACGGCUUCUAUGUGCGUGGCUAGAAGAUCAAUUGAAAAAGCAAUCUGGAACCAGCUUUAUCGCCAUAAGACACAAAGCCUUAUCAAUUUAUGAGGGCCUAAGGAACAAAGCUGAAAAUCCUGCAGAUGUGCCUUCCUUCAGUGCUAGUAGUGGCUGGUUUGCUGGAUUUAAGAACCGCUGUUUUCUAACUAAUAAAUUAUGUGGCGAAGCUGCAAGUACAGAUGAGGAAUGUGCGAUGGUAUUUCCUCACAUGGUGAAAAAAUUUAUUGAGGAAGAAGGCUACACCUUAGAUCAAAUCUUCAAUUUGGAAGAGACAGGUUUAUACUGGAAGCGAAUGCCAUCAAGGACCUAUAUUUCUAAGAAUGAAGCACAGGCUCCAGGCUUUAAGGUGGCAAAGGAUCGUAUGACAGUGCUGCUGGGUGCCAAUGCUAGUGGAGACUUAAAGCUUAAGCCUGUGGUGGUGUACCACUCUGCCAAUCCGCGAGCCUUAAAAGGUUACCUUAGGUCCACUCUAGGUGUCUACUUUAGGUCAAGCAAAAGAGGUUCGAUGACAGGGCAAAUCUUUUCUGACCUUAUUGUUGACGUUUUCAAAGAUAUUUUUAGAAAUUAUUGCAGAAGAAAAGAUUUGGAUUUCAAGAUACUCCUCAUUCUGGACAAUGCACCAAGCCAUCCUCCCACCGUUGGUGAGCUGUCUGAAAACAUUAAAGUGCUAUUUCUACCUCCAAACACAACCUCUCUCCUUCAACCCAUGGACCAGGGUGCAAUAGCGGCUUUUAAAGCUUACUAUUUGAGGCGCACAUUCAGGAAGCUGAUUGCAGCUACUGAGGGGGAUAAUAAGGACAGUGUUCUUCAAUUUUGGAAGAGUUUUAACUUCAAGAAUGCUAUUGACAUUAUUGUGGAGGCCUGGGGAGAUGUCAGUAAGGACUGCUUGCGUGCAGUUUGGCAGAAGCUUCUCCCAGAUUUUAUUCAUGAUUUUAAAGGAAUUGAACUAUCAGAGGAGCUCCCAAGAAUUAAAGAACACUGCAUUGCUCUUGCAAAGCAAGUUGGAUUUGAAGAAGUGGAGAGUGAGGAUGUUGAGGAGGUGCUUGAGUCCCAUUGCGUAGACCUAUCUACAGCUGACCUACAACAACUUGAAGCUGAGGGGAAAAUGGAAGCUGGAGAUGAAGAAGAUGAAGCCCAGGAUGCAGCACCACGAGAGCUUUCCACUUCUCUCUUGUCUUCUAUCCUGAGGGAAGUUGAGAAACAGUUGCAGCUCUUAGAAGAUAAUGACUACAAUGCAGAACGCAGCGGGAUAGCAGUUCGUGGCAUAAGGUCUUAUUUGGCACCCUAUGAACAGCUUCUUCAUGAAAGGAGAAAGAUGGCACAGCAGCAAAACCUUUUUAAGCCAGUCCCCAGGAAACAGUCUGAGGACAAUGAACUAAAACCAUUCAUUUCUGGACUAAGUAUUUUUCGGCAUAACCCUGCAUCCGGAAUUGUACUUAAAAGUGAUGAUGAUGAUGAUGAUGACCCUCAGCCCUUGUCUUAAUACAGUUAACUCAAAAUCCCCGUCAAGUUAUCUUUAAAACUUUCAGGGUAAAGUGGUAAAUUUACUGUAUUAUUUCAUGAAAAUAUAUGAAUUUAACAUUUAUUUAAACUGUGCUAUCCUUUGUGUUAGGCUAAUUACGAUAUUUGUUUCGAUUUUGAGUGAUAUUUUGGGUGGCCUGCCCCAACCCUAUUUUUCCCAUAGGCUGUGUUAUUUCUAUUCUGCGAUUUUCUGUAACGUGAGGUUACACAAGAACAUAGCUGCAAUGUUCUAGCAGAACCGACUGUAUUUUGAAAAUAACACCUCAUUGUCAUGGAUUUCAAAUUAGAAUUGUGCACUUAUAAAGUGCAAACUGUGUAAAGGUAAACUUGCAUUUUUAUAGAAACUGAAACAGCUGGAGGAAUUCAACAGGCCUGGCAGCAUUUGCGUGGUGGGAAAGCAGUUAACCUUUCAAGUCCAUUGACCAUUGUUCAGACUCUAAACGUUAACUCUGUUUCUUACUCCACGGAUGCAGCCAGACCCACUGAAGUUUCUCCAGCUUUUAUAGUUCUCCUUUCAGAGUUCCAACAUCGACAGUUCUUUGUCUUGUUAAGAUGUUGCAUUUGUAUAGCGCCUUUCUCCAAUCACAACAUCACUUCACACCCAAUGGUACACAUUUUGCAGUGAAGACACAAUUGUAAUGUUGGAAAUACUUACGCACAGUGACAACCUAAUAAUCUGAUUAUUGAUUGAGGAAUAACCAUUAGUCCAUGCAAGAUAGGAAAUAAAAUACCCUUUCUCUUGAUUGAUAACAAGCAAGAGAGAGUUUGGAUCUUGAUUAAGCCUCUCAUCUGGAAAAUGCUUCCUCUGUACUGCUCUCCCAAAGGGGGAAACCAUAAAAAAAAACUUGGAAAUGAACAUACGCAUUAUGCCAGAGUCCCAUUUUGAGGUACACAAGAUGAAUAAGACUGGCAUAGAAACGUAGUAAAUAGGAGCUGGCCAUUCAGCCCUUUGACCCUGCUCUAUCAUUCAAUAUAAUCAUAGUCCAUCAUCCAAAUCAGUGCAUGAUAUUUGCAAGUUUUACUGCUUUUAUCUCGGGUUAGGACUACCAUCCUCAACUCUGUGCUGACAUUUCAAAACCCUAUUUGUUACAGUGUGAAGAUAGAGGCAAAUUUGAACCAUGGCCAGAAUGCCAGGAGACUCAACCAACACAAGGUCAAUGUCAGAGUGAAUAUUAGUUUGGGAAGGAAGGGUCUCUUGGACUAUUUCCAAUCAGCUAAUAUUGGAAAGAGAAGUAAAUCUUAAAUAUUUACCUUACAGUUAUGUCUGAAUUUCUUAUAGAGUCAUAUAGCAUGGAAACAGACCCUUCACUCCAACCAUUCCAUACUGACCAUAAUCCCAAACUAGA